AUGGCAGCUAAGUUUGUUGUAGUUCUCGCUUUGGUGGCCGCGGCCCAAUGCUCGGUGGUGCCAUUGGCGCGAGUAGACAACGACUACACCAGCUUCGCGUAUGACGUCGCAGACCCCAACACCGGCGACUUCAAGAGCCAAGUGGAAACCCGAGUGGGGGGCACCGUUCAGGGACAGUAUUCGCUGCUAGACGCCGACGGCACAAAGCGAACAGUCGAUUACGCCGCUGAUGACGUCAAUGGGUUUAACGCUGUCGUACGCAAGGACCCGGUCGUAGCCGCCUCUCCUGUCGUAGCUGCUCCCGUCGUAGCCGCUACGCCGGUCGUAGCGCAUACUCCUGUUGUCGCUGAGCCGGCGGUAGUAGCCGCUCGAGUUGCUACACCCGCCGUCUACGCCGCGUCCGCUCCUGUUGUCACACGUACUUCUGUAGCCGCUCCUUCUGUGUACUCUGCUCCAGUAGUCGCAGCUAGGUCCUACUUCGCUCCAACAGUCUACAACUCAGUCGCUAGCCCAGUUGUUGCAAGGAGUUUCGCGUCCCCCUACUACGCGUACUCCGCCCCCUCUGUUUCGUACUGGUAA